CAUUUCUCUCAUUGUGAAUCUAAACCUCGUCAAGUCAGCAUCGUGCUUCGAGAAUAUAAAAAAAUUAAAAGCGUUUAAAACAAUUUAAUUAACUAAAAACAUAUAAAAAAUGGAUCCAAUCGCAACAGAAACUAAAGAAACUCCAGUCGUUGACAGCAAAGUGACUGAAAAGGUCGUUGAAGAUGUUGAGGAUACACCAGUAGUUGCAUCUGGCGAAGACAAUGAAACAGUUCCUGCCGAAGAUGCUGCACCAACUACAACAGAAAAGGAAGAAGUUGCUGCUGUCGAAUCAUCAGGUGAUGCUGAAGUUACUGAAAAUGGCAAUGGUGAGGCUAAAGCUGCUGAACCAGUUGAGGAAACUGAAGAAUCAGUAAAACGAAAAGUUGUCGAAGUCGAAGAUGACACAGAGGUGCCCGAAAAGCGUGCCAAAACAGAUGAAGUUGAGGCAGUCAAGCCUACAGAAGAGGAAGCAACAGCUUAAGCAAGUCUCGCCAACCACCGGUCUACACAGCGAAAUAAAAAAAAUUUAAAAAACCCAACAAAAAAAAAAGAAAGAAAGCAGAAGAAAAGCUGUAUUAAAACAAGCAAAAUGGUAAAAACACGAUAAACAUCUUCAAACGCAUCAGUAAAUUUACUUAAAAGUUAAAGCAUAAGUUAGUAUUUUUUUUAUUUAUGAAGUAAAAUGUUUUCUUCUUAAGUGUUGACAAAAAGAAACAAUUAAACGAUACGAAAGAUGUUCAAUGAAAACGUUUCAAUGCAGGAUACUAUAGCAAGUUAAUUUUACGAAACAUGUUCGGUUUAAGGAAAAUUUAGGAAAAGAGAAAGAACUCAACAUGUUUUCAUGAUUUUUCAGAGGGACUUAAAAUCACUUUAAAAAUGAUUGAAAACAAAAAGAAAAUAUCAAAAAAAAAAUGUCAUUUUCACCUCUUUAACAAUUCUCUCUUAACUUUAAUGAACAAAAAUUAUUUUCAAUUGGAAACGAAAGAAACUACACAUUUUACUUAAGUCUAGUUGUGAAAACAUUCCUCGGCAAAGAAAAAUAAUAAUAAUAUUAAUAUCAAUAUCCUUACAAUUCUCGAAGCAUCAAAAGCGACUUGCACAUGAUAGCAAUUCAAUUUUUUUCUCAUUUUUCCAAUAAUUAUUAUAAUAAACACGAUGCAGAUUAGACAAAAGAAAAAUCAAAUCAAAAGAAAUUCAGCCAAAAUCACCGAAUGUAAAUUCAAAUCUUAAUUAUCUAAAUAAAGCCAAGAAAAUGGAUUUUUUUACACAAGAAAUUUUCUCCUUUUUCCAACCUUUAUAAGAAAAAAAAAAUGAAAGAAAGAAAUGAAAUAAACAAUAAAUGAAGGACUUGUAAUCUCAAAACUUAAAAA